UUUGUUUAGUACUUGUGCGGGCAUAGAUUCAUAGAUCGAGAUCAGAUUAGAUUGUGUAGGAAAAAGAUUAAAAUGAGGUUGUUUGAAGCAGCUGGUGGCGGCACUCCACUCCUUUUGUUGUUGGUGUCGUUAGUUUCCUUCGGAACAUGUCGUGUCAUGGCACAAAAAUCCUACAUUGUCCACAUGGACACUUCAUAUAUGCCCAAACAUAUGGCAACUCACGAUCAGUGGUACCGCUCAGUCGUUAAGUCUGCAAAGCUUGUCGGUACCCAGGCAACAUACGACGAAAAGCAGUUGAACGGAGCAUUUCUGUACACUUACCAUCGUGUCAUUAGCGGUUUUAGUGCAGUGUUGGGUGAGAAUGAACUGGAGGCUGUUAAAAAUGUUCCCGGGUUUCUCUCGGCUUACAUGGAUAGAGCUGUGAGUAAGGUCACCACCCACACCACGGAUUUCCUUGGGAUGAGCCUCGGGUCGGGCCUGUGGCCCGCGUCGGAUUACGGCAAAGAUGUGAUCAUCGGCGUCAUUGAUACCGGGGUGUGGCCUGAGAGCGCCAGCUUCAGAGAUGACGGGAUGGCGGAAAUUCCUCAGAGGUGGAAAGGCAAGUGUGAAGGCGGGGAAGGAUUCGGUGCUACACUUUGCAAUAGGAAGCUCAUCGGGGUGAGUUACUUCAACAAGGGGGCGAAGGCUGCUUUGGAUCCGAACACUACCAUAUCCAUCCCGAACUCAGGAAGGGACACUGAAGGACAUGGAACGCACACCUCUUCAACGGCAGCUGGAAACUACGUGGAGGAAGCUUCAUUCUUCGGCUACGCCGCGGGGGCCGCACGAGGGGUUGCACCGAGAGCUAGGCUUGCCAUCUAUAAGGUCUUAUGGGAUGUAAGCACUGCUUCAGAUGUUCUUGCUGGUAUAGAGCAGGCGGUUGCAGAUGGGGUGGAUGUCAUAUCUAUUUCUUUGGCGCCGCCCUAUAACGUGUCGUUGUACGAAGACCCCAUCGCAAUAGGUUCCUUUGGGGCGAUGGCAAAGGGAAUUCUCGUUUCCACCCCCGGAGGAAAUUCUGGCCCCAAAGGAAGGGGAUCCCUAGAAAACGGGAUCCCUUGGGCGCUUACAUCUGCAGCUGGCUCCAUCGAUCGCUGGUUUGCGGGGACGGUGUCUUUGGCGAGUGGGGAGGAGAUAACUGGUUGGACGACAUACCCCUUGGCGAAACCCAUUAGCGGCCAGUUGCCUCUCGUUUACAACAAGACAAUGUCCCAUUGCAACUCAACCCAUCUUUUCUCCAAUCUAAACGCUUCAUCUAUAGUUGUUUGUGAGUCUGAAAAUUUUCAUUCACUCUGGAAGCAAAGCGGAUUUCUUUCAUAUUCCAAAUUUGUCAAAGCAGCCAUCUUCAUUUCUGAUAACCCGGAUUUACAUGAGUUUGUGGACUUCCCAUAUCCCGGCAUUGUUAUUAGCCGUGAACAAUCAUAUGGAAUUAUCAAGUAUUGUAGAAGUAGUAAUGGUGUGCGCAGGCCUCAUGCCAGCAUUCAGUUGAACCAGAAAACAUUACUAGGCACCAAGGGCAAUCCUGUUGUGGCAAGCUACUCCUCCAGAGGUCCUGCCCCCAGCUGCCCAUUGGUCUUGAAGCCCGACUUGAUGGCUCCUGGGACCUUAGUCUUAGCGGCCUGGCCUCCAGCUAUUCGUCCAACUUACAUAUUACGCCCUAACAAUGUCACUGUACCUUUACAGAGCAGCCACGGCUUCAACAUUGAUUAUGGUACGUCCAUGUCAUGCGCUCACUCUUCUGGAAUUGCAGCACUUCUUAAAGGCGCACACCCCGAAUGGAGCCCGGCUGCCAUUCGAUCAGCCAUGAUCACCACCGCCAACCCUAAAGACAACACCGACACCCCUAUAAAGGACCCUACUGACUCCCGCGGUAUUGCUUCCCCUCUGUCAAUGGGAGCGGGCCAAGUUGAUCCAAACCGCGCACUUGACCCGGGCCUGGUUUAUGAUGCCACCCCACAGGACUAUGUGGAUCUUUUGUGCUCCAUGCACUUCUACUCUACCCAAAUUCAAACCAUCACCACAUCAUCCAAAUACAACUGCUCAACUCGCUCUUCUGAUCUCAACUACCCAUCUUUUAUUCUCUUGUACCACCAAUACCACAACCAAAAUGUUACUCGAACCUUUUACAGGACUGUCACAUAUGUUGGGGAUGGCCCAGAAACCUACACCCUCGAUGCCAGCCAAUUACCUCAGAGUUUCCAUACUACUUUCAACCCUGUGAAACUUUCCUUCAAGAAGAAGUAUGACAAGGAAAACUAUACCUUUACUCUCACCUAUAAGGGUAGUCAGACCGGAGAAGUUGAUUUUGGUUCAUUCACUUUCGUUGGCGACAACGGUAAGCAUAGUGUGAGGAGUCCGGUAGUUGUGGCGCCUAUGAUCAAUACAUGGUGAUUAAUAUAUCAUCUCUCUGCUAUCGACCUAAUAAUAUUUCGGGAGUAGUCUCUUUUCUCUCUUUUGUAACUCAUACACUACAUUACGUUAAUUACCUACGUCACUAGUACUUCGUAUGUUGUUUGUUUACAAACUUUCACAUAUAAAUUAUUACCUAUAACGUUUUUUGCUUAUUAAAAUUCAAGUGUUUUGUUGUACACGUAUUGUCC